CAUGGACAGCUGGGCUCCAUUAAUGCCAGAUUUUACAGGUACACUGCAAACUGGGACAGUUCUAAAUGUCUUUAUUCUUCUUGCAAACCAGUUUGUAGAUCAUGUCAAAGCUUUUCUGAGGCCAAUCAUACCCUUCUAAGUUCUGAAGCUAACCUUUUCAAGUAGCUAGUUUAGGGUCAAAGAGAUAUUUUGUUUUGUUUCUGAGUUUCUGACCAAAACUGAGAUUGGGUUUCUUGUGAGUUACAAGAUGUGUAAUGUGCAUGUUGCUUGUUUGCUUCAAAGUUUGAGUUGGGUUUGAUCUCAAAGCAAGUAAGCAAGUUGGGUUUUGAUUUCUUGAGCUUACAUAAAGGGUCCAAGUGUUUUGUGGGUCUUAAAUGGUGGAUUUAGAUUGCCAGUGUUCUAAAAUGUCUUGGAAUCAAGCUCAAAUCAAGCUCCACCAUCCUCAAUCUCGGUUUCUGAAUAGUGAAUAUCAGAAGCAAUCGAUCCCACCAUCUUCAUCUUCUGGCAAUAAAAUUAGUCCAGCAAUUCUGUUCAUCAUAAUUGUUCUAGCUGUUGUGUGUUUCGUAUCCGGAAUCCUUCACUUGCUUGUUAGAUUUCUCACCAAGCAUAGAUCUUCAUCGAUUUCUGAAUCCAAUAGAUACCCGGAAAUGUCUGGGUCUGGAGUUCUCCAGAGACAGUUACAGCAGCUCUUCCAUCUUCAUGAUUCUGGAUUAGAGCAAGCUUUCAUUGAUGCUCUUCCUGUGUUCCUUUAUAAAGAGUUGAAGGUCCUAAAUGAACCGUUCGAUUGUCCUGUUUGUUUGUGUGAGUUUACUGAAAAGGACCAGCUGAGAUUGCUUCCAUUAUGUAGUCAUGCUUUUCACAUUGAUUGCAUAGAUACAUGGUUACUGUCUAAUUCUACAUGCCCUCUUUGUAGAGGGACACUACAUACAGAAGGGAUUGCCAUUGAGAACCCGAUUUUUGAUUUCGAUGAUUUGAGGGAAGAGGAGGGUUUUUCAGAGAAUGGAGGAAAUGGGGGUAUGAUUUCUGGUCAAAAGUCUGCAGAGAAUGAGAUUGAAAAGAGAGUGUUUUCUGUGAGACUUGGAAAGUUUAGAAGUACUACUACUACUACUACAAAUGUGGAAGAAGAUGAAGGAAGAGGUGUGGAGAGAGUAGAGGGAGAGACUAGUAGUAGUAAGUUGGAUGCAAGGAGAUGUUACUCAAUGGGAUCAUACCAAUAUGUUGUUGCUGAUUUAGAGGUUCAAGUUGCUCUGAGGCCCAAAAGAUCAAGUGGUAAUGGUGAAAGUAUGAGGAUUGUGAAAGGAAGAGUUGGGCAAAAUGGGAAUUCAAACAAUGAUAGUGAUAGUGAGGGGAAAAAAAUUGGAGGUAAAGGUGAAAGCUUUUCUGUUUCCAAAAUUUGGCUAUGGCCUAAAAAGGGCAAUUUUCCAACUUCUGCAGAAACCCAAAUGGCCACUUCUUCCUCAGCUACUGUGGGUUUGCCAUGGAGUGGUAAUAGAUCUCAGGAAACAUGAUCUUCAUUAUUGUAGUUUGUAUUUCUACAUCAUAUAAUGGAUCUGUAUAAAUUCUUUAUCAGAAAAAAGAGCUGUAGGCUUUGCUUUGUUCUGGAAUUUGAUUUCUUUGCUGUCAUGCUAGAUCCUGUUCCAAAUAACUUUGUCACAAAUUGCAGUGCGCACUUUAUCUUUUGUGUAAGAUGAUGUAUAAUGACUUUGGCAAAUGCUUUUACUUUAACUACAACUUUAG